AUGACUACAAUUGAAUCCUUUAUAUUUGAGAAAUGCGAAGGAAAAAUGUUUAUUGUUGAUGUUGAUUUUUGUUCUUUUCUGCUGCUGCUACCGAUUUUGUUGCAGGAUCAACCAUUGUCCAGUUUAUCUUCAGUGGAAUCUGUGCAGGAUCCUUUUGUGGAACCUGCAAAAGCAGCAUCUAAAGAUCCACUGAAAAUUAGUUCUAAGCAGGGGCGGUUGAGAAAAAUGAUCGGAGUUGUUGCUGCUAAAGAUUUACCAGCAGAGCCAUCUGAAGAAGAGUUUACGCCGUACCCUCAUAUUGAAAAGGAUCACUUGGUAAAGCUUUUGAAGCAAUUGUUAUUAAAUACAGCCUUCCUGUCACCAGACUUGAGUACUGGAAAAGCUCCAAAUGCAGCUGAUGUACCCACUCUUCUGGGAAGCGGAUCAUUUUCACUUCUGAGCCAUGACAAGGAUAAAGGGAAUGAAGAUGCCAAACUGCCACCUCCUUAUAUGCGCUGGCCUCAUAUGAAAGCCAAUCAGGUUCAUGGGCUUAAUUUAAGGGAAAUCGGGGGUGGUUUUCCAAGACACCGCCGUGGACCAUCUAUACGUGCUGCAUGCUAUGCCAUUGCAAAACCUUCUACUAUGGUACAGAAGAUGCAAAAUAUCAAGAGAGUUAGAGGACACCGUAAUGCUGUUUAUUGUGCUAUAUUUGACCGGUCAGGAAGAUAUGUUAUUACUGGUUCAAAUGAUCGACUUGUAAAAAUUUGGUCAAUGGAAACUGCAUAUAGUUUGGCCAGUUGCCGUGGACACGAAGGUGAUAUUACUGACUUGGCCGUGAGUUCAAACAAUGCUUUAGUUGUGUCCUCAUCAAAUGAUUGUGUUAUUCGAGUUGUAAGUUUUCUGUGA